CGCACCGCAUAGGUUUGGGCUUUUGGUCUUGCCGUACAGUGCACAUAUCAUGUCAACAUGGCGUCUUCAAUGUCAUUCUUUGGUUUAAGCCGAAUUUUCGCUCUUAACUCAGUCACAAGAACAAUUGUGAAUCCUGCCAGGUCAAUAAGCACAUCAGGAUGGAGGAUGGCAGAACAACAGGGAUCCCAGCUCAUCACUGUGGAUGAGAAACUGGACAUCAAGACUCUCACCGGUGUUCCCGAGGAGCAUAUUAAGACCCGCAAGGUCCGUAUCUUUGUGCCUGCCCGCAAUGCCAUGCAGUCUGGAGUCAAAAACACACAGAAGUGGAAAAUGGAUUUUGACACCAGGGAACGUUGGGAGAACGCACUGAUGGGCUGGGCUUCCACGGCAGACCCCCUGUCCAACAUGGUGCUGAUGUUUAGUACUAAGGAGGACGCGAUUGCUUUUGCAGAGAAGAAUGGUUGGAGUUAUGAUAUAACAGAAAAGAGAGUUCCAAAACCGAGAGUGAAGUCAUAUGGAGCAAACUUUUCCUGGGACAAAAGGACUAGAAGGUCGACCAAGUAGACAAAGUCAUUUCUUCCUGUCUGUAUUAUCUUUAACAGACCUGUAAAAAUAACAUGCUAUCUAUGUCUAAUAAAGGAACUAUCUUCACAACACCAGAGGUUUUAUUUCUAAUGAUAUCUGGAUUUUUUACUGUAUGAAUUGUAUUAAGUUUAAAUUCACAAUGGUUCUGUUCACCUCCUUACAUGGCUUAAAUCUAAAUUGCUAUGGUAUGUUUGUUUAAUCAUCAAAAUUGAUAAAACAGAUAUAAAAAUAUUUUGCAAUAACAUUACAGUGUAACUAUUAAUAACUUUUAUGAGAAGGCUCAUGAAAGACCAUAGGUUGUACAGUGGAAGUGUGUGCUUUGAGCAGUGUUUCAUGUAAUGAGAUUACAAAGAAAAUACUAAUUACUUUUAAAGAAAAAAAAGUAAUGUAACAAUGGAUUUUAAAUGAUUGUAAUUGGAUCCCAGGUACUGACUUUUAAUCAAAUUAAUUGUUUCAAUACACUGUUAAACAUAUUUAUUAAUAAUAUUAUGUAUGUAGAAUACAUUUAAAACAUGCAUUAUAUUCAUAUGUAUAUCUGUUUGUUUCUUUGACAGCUAAGGGACAAUGAAAAUGAACAAGCAGGAAGUGUACAUUAUUUUGAAUUUUGCCAUUGAAUUAUGAGAGAAUUUUUUUCAUAUGAAAAGUCAUUUGUAGUGGAUUACAAUUUUUGUAACUUGCCCCACACUGUGUGGAACCAAUUUCCUUUGCAAUCUGGAUGUAGUUUAAUUGCAUAGCAGUUAAAUUUAUAUGUUAUAUCUGAGUUAAAGGAAUAGUUCACCCAAAAAUGAAAAUUCUCAUUAUUUACUCGCCCCCAUGCCAUGCCAGAUGUGUAUGACUUACUUUCUUGUGCAGAACACAAAUUAUGAUUUUUAGAAGAAUAUUUCAGCUCUGUAGGUCCAUACAAUGCAAGUGAAUGGGUGCCAAAAAAAUGUACGCUCCACAAAUCGCAUAAAGGCAGGAUAAAAGUAAUCCAUAUGACUCCAGUGGUUAAAUCCAUAUUUUCUGAAGCAAAAUAUGUGGGUAAGAAAAAGAUCAAUAUUAAAUUUUUUGAUAGAAAUUCUUCUUCCUACCCUGUAGAUGACGUAUGCAUGAAGAAUGUGAAAGUUAAAGUGGAGAUUGACUGAGCAGGGAGGAGAAUGCAUAGUAAACAUUGACUUGCAUAUUGAUCUGUUUCUCACCUACACCUAUCAAAUCACUUCUGGAGACAUUGAUUUAACCACUGGUGUCUUAUGGAUUACUUUUAUGCUGACUUGUGUGAUUUUUGGAGCUUCAAAAUGUUGGCACCGAUUCACUUGCAUUGUAUGGACCGAAAGAGCUGAAAAAUUCUUCUAAAAAUCUUCAUUUGUGUUCUGAUGCAGAAAGAAAGUCAUACAUCUGGGAUGACAUAAGGGUGAGUAAAUGAUGAGAGAAUUUUCAUUUUUGGGUGAACUAUUCCUUUAACACUUCCUCUAUAAAAUAAAUUUUAAUCAAUGACUAAUUACAAACAAAUAAUAUAAAUUCUAAUCAAAAUAUUUUGCUAUUGUAAUAAAUUAUUGGGUGUGUUGUUUGAGUAUAUUGUAUAAAAAAAAAAUCUUGCUUU